AUAUAUGUCGUUUUAAUGGGGAUGAUGGUGACUUUGGUUGUUGUGAUAGUUUUGGGCAACGCUUUGGUCAUUUUGGCCUUUAAAGUGGACAAGAGUUUGAGAAGACAAUGCAAUUACUACUUCCUGAAUUUGGCAAUAUCAGAUUUUCUUGUUGGGGCAUUCUGCAUCCCAGUCUACAUCCCUUACAUUCUCACAGGCAGGUGGACACUGGGCCAACGACUGUGUAAGCUGUGGCUGGUCAUGGACUACCUGCUUUGUUCUGCGUCUGUGUUCAACAUCGUCCUCAUCAGCUACGACCGCUUCCUGUCAGUCACCAGAGCAAUAAGUUACCGUGCCAGACAGAGCAUGACUCAUCAAGCCAUAAUCAAGAUGAUUGCUGUCUGGGUGCUAGCCUUUGUCCUGUACGGCCCAGCUAUCAUAUUCUGGGAGCUGGCGGUGGGCAGAAGCCGCGUGCCAAAGGAUGAGUGCUUUGCGGAGUUCUAUUACUCUUGGUACUUCCUGCUGAGUGCCUCCAUGCUGGAGUUUUUCUCUCCUUUCAUCUCGGUGGCUUUCUUCAACCUCAGCAUUUACCUCAGCAUACGCAGGAGGAGGCUCCACAGCAGGGAGGCCCAGCUCCACCUUCAGUUGAGCGAACCUGCAUCUGCCCAGGGGGACGGUAUCCCCCUAUCCCACAACUGGGGGUUAGGGAUGAAACUGGCUGUAAAAGGCUCUAUCCACUCCCAGACCUCCUCUCCCAGUUUGGGUAAACUAGAUCCCUCAACCAGCAGGGCUGCCCAGCCUAGCCGUCUGUCCAGGGAUAAGAAAAUUGCUAAGUCCCUGGCCAUCAUAGUGUGUGUGUUUGCCAUCUGCUGGGCACCAUACACCCUACUGAUGAUCAUCCGUGCUGCCUGCAGAGGGCGGUGCAUCCAGCAUCACUGGUACGAGGUCACCUUCUGGCUCCUGUGGCUCAACUCUGCUAUUAACCCAUUCCUGUACCCACUUUGCCACAGUAGCUUCCGUAGGGCCUUUAGUAAGAUUCUCUGCCCAAGGCGACAUACUACUCCCUCAUCAUCUGUCCUCCGUGUUGGCCAGUGA